AUGUUUUCUUCAGAAUUUGUAGGUAUCUCAUAUAUAGCUUCUCAAUUCUACUCCCCGAUUCAUCAAAUGGGGGAAAGUGUGGCCGCCAAAACUAGUCACAGUUCAUGUCGCCCUAAGAUGGCACGUGACGACGUGAGCCGAGAACAGCAAACAAGAUUCUGGCUGAAUGGGGUUUUGUGGACCACAUCUUUGCACUCCGCUUAG